UAGGACAAGGAAUAUAUUUUUUCUGCCAUGAAUGAAAUUGCAAGCAGUUCUUCUAUUGGUUUUUUCCUAUUGUUUGAACCAAUCAAAGGAAAGCUUUAGAACAACGUCAAGAUUUUAAUGAACAUGAGUGGUUCGUUCUGAUUUUUCUACAGACAGCAGCAGACAAACCGUUUGACAGUUUAGUUUACGACGAAACGACAAGUUAUUCCGUCCGUAUUUCGGUCAAGAAUUUUAUUUCUAUUUGCGUUGAAAAUACUUUCUCUGGGAUACCGUUAGAUUAAUUUACAAAAUAUAUGCGCCAAACUCAUGAUAUGGCUGAUAAUAAUGUCUAUAUCUAACCCUUUCGACGUGUGUUGAUGUGUCCAUUCAAGUGUCUUUCGAAGUGCGGCUGAUUGUGUGAUGUUGAUAACGUAAUUUUUGUUACAAAAAUGCACGAACUAUUGAAACACGUUUUAAAUGAAAGAGACCUGACUCGGGCGGGCGAUAUUUUCGCCAUCCCGGACUCUGAAAUAGUCGAUGACCUGAAUGAAGUGUUGAAGCAAAUAACUGAAAUUUCAUCGCGACCAGACUAUUGCCGCAAUGACCGUGACCAAGCUCUCAUAGAAAUCUGUGUGACCAGAGUGACGUCUUGUAUCAAAGAGACUGGGACGUUGGACAAAUACUGUGGAGCGCUGGUGUCACUGCUGGAGUCAUGCUUGCACCACAAUUUGAUGCCGCUGGGCCAUUUGAGAGAUGAUGACCCUCCACAUGCUAAAAUUGCCUCUGAUAUUAUUGCUUGUAUUGUCUUGGUCUCGUUUCCAGUACAAGCUGAAAAGGAGAACUAUGGCAGCAAGAAUAUCAUGGAGUUAUUCCUGCCGGUGGCGGUUCAGUUUCUGCAUAAGGGCAACCGCGAGAUAUCGCGGCACAUGGCGCGCUAUUUGUCACUGGCGGCAAAUCACCACGCGGGGCUGCUCAAGCCGCACGUGCAGACCAUUAUGGACUCUAUCAUGUCUGGCAACUACCCUCUCUGCCGCAUCCUGACCAACCUGUACGAGGUGUGUCCAUCCCCGCUUGAGGGUCAUGCCACGGCGUUAGUAUCGCUGCUGCCUCACGCCGAGCAGGUGGAGAAGAACUCUCUGUUCGCGCUGUUCGAGCUCGUUGCUAUGCGCCGCCCCGAGGCGCUUAGGACUUGUGUACCGCAGCUGCUGUCGUACUUGUGUCCAAAUACUGCGGCGCAGGACGAUCCGGGGUGCAUGUGUGUGGAUAUCUUGCAAGUGAUAGUGUGCGUCAGUCGGCGGCGGCCAUCGCUCGUGGCCGAGCAUACGGCGUGCAUUCAGCGCGCCGCGCGGCCGCCGCACGCGACCCCGCGCGCGCUCGCGCUCGUGGCCGCCGCGCUCGCGCACCCCGGGUACACCGACAGGGAACGAGCUCAGGAAGCGCUGAACUUCGUGCUAGAGCAUUUGCCGGCGGCAGAGGGCGCGCAGGCGGCGCUGCUGCGGGAAGCGACAGCUCUGUGCAGCGCUUUCCCCGCGCUUUUCACUGAGCGCGUUCUAGCCGCCGUGAGGCACCACAGCAGCAAUCGACCGAAAACCGAACCGUCACACGGCGAGAUCAAUAGAACAUCUGGGGGCGUCACCAUCGUGAAACUAGGAGGGCCCACGCCCACGCCUGCACCGACCGCGUCGGUCGCUACGUCAUCGGUCGCGUCGACUGCGUCGGUCCCAGCCGCGUCGGUCCCGGCGGCCGGCUACACGCGGCGGGCCAAGUUAGGCGACUCGCGGAGUACGGGCCGCCUGCACCCCGGGCCUAACUCGCAUCGGAGCAUGACACGACUCAACGUGGCUGCGUCCAGCGCUGACCAGCGCGUGUUGAAACUUGUCGGCGCCGUUCAAUAUUUGGUCCCGGCCGCGUCGGUCCCGGCGGCCGGGUACACGCGGCGGGCCAAGUUAGGUGACUCGCGGAGCACCGGCCGCCUGCACCCCGGGCCUAACUCGCAUCGCAGCAUGACACGACUCAACGUGGCUGGUGGUUCAGUGGGCGGCCUUCACAAAAGCAUGACAAGACUGUCUUCAUCACAGCAAAUCAACUCUCAGCAAAACGUUAACGGUCCACCUACCACAGGCAGCAAGCCGGCCAACGCAUCGCCGCCGCGCGCGCCGCGUCCCGCCGCCCGCAGUCAUCACCACAACAUCCUCAUCGGCUCCGCCGGCUCCACGCACAUUAGUUCGGGAACCACGAUAAUAUCGGGACCACCAGCGCUGCAACAGUCCAUCGCAGUGAGCGCGCGCUCGUCGGACGCGCUCGCGCCGGCGCCCGCGCUGGGCCACGUGGCCGUCGUCUCCUCGCACGCCUGCGCCGCGCCCGCCAUCAUAUCGCAAGGUCAGUGCUGCAGCCGUCAUAUCACAAGGUCACUGCUGCAGUCCAUCGCCGGCGCCCGCGCUGGGCCACGUGGCCGUCGUCUCCUCGCACGCCUGCGCCGCGCCCGCCAUCAUAUCGCAAGGUCAGUGCUGCAGCCGUCAUAUCACAAGGUCACUGCUGCAGUCCAUCGCAGUGAGCGCACGCUCGUCGGACGCGCUCGCGCCGGCGCCCGCGCUGGGCCACGUGGCCGUCGUCUCCUCGCACGCCUGCGCCGCGCCCGCCAUCAUAUCGCAAGGUCAGUGCUGCAGCCGUCAUAUCACAAGGUCACUGCUGCAGUCCAUCGCCGGCGCCCGCGCUGGGCCACGUGGCCGUCGUCUCCUCGCACGCCUGCGCCGCGCCCGCCAUCAUAUCGCAAGGUCAGUGCUGCAGCCGUCAUAUCACAAGGUCACUGCUGCAGUCCAUCGCCGGCGCCCGCGCUGGGCCACGUGGCCGUCGUCUCCUCGCACGCCUGCGCCGCGCCCGCCAUCAUAUCGCAAGGUCAGUGCUGCAGCCGUCAUAUCACAAGGUCACUGCUGCAGUCCAUCGCAGUGAGCGCACGCUCGUCGGACGCGCUCGCGCCGGCGCCCGCGCUGGGCCACGUGGCCGUCGUCUCCUCGCACGCCUGCGCCGCGCCCGCCAUCAUAUCGCAAGGUCAGUGCUGCAGCCGUCAUAUCACAAGGUCACUGCUGCAGUCCAUCGCAGUGAGCGCGCGCUCGUCGGACGCGCUCGCGCCGGCGCCCGCGCUGGGCCACGUGGCCGUCGUCUACGCGUCUACGUAUUGCCAUCUGGCGGAUUUUUCAGUCGCGAAAACCCUCAUUACGAGCGACUUAGUAGAAAAAUAUUCGCUAUGGAAAGAAGAAACGCGUUCCGGCGGGACGGCGGCGGCGGCGGCGGCGGCGGGUCCGGCGGCGACGGCGGCGGGCAGCCCGGCGGCGGCGGCGCGGCGCGGCAACAACACCAGCGUCACCAUGAUCAACUCCAACCGCAUCAGCGUGUUUGAGCCCUACCCUAUGCGUGACACUGUCCAGCACUUUUGCGAGAAACACUUGGACAAGAUCAAAGCUUACAUGGACAACGUGUCGUUGCGGCUGCCGCCGCCCGCCAAGUGCACCAUCGAAGCGUCGCUCGAAGAAGCAGAGCGUCGCUCGAAGAAACAAGCACGUUUACAAUUCGCAUGCGGUCGCCGCGGGCCGCACUGCCUAUUCGCGCGCGCGCUAUUCUGCGUUCGCACGCGCGCGCCUCGCGUGUGGAUCCACCUGAUGUUCCUGGCGCUACAGGCGCGCCACGCAUCGGCGCUGUCGUCGCGCGACCCCACCGUGGCGUCACUCAAGCACUGCUGGGACAUCCUCAAGUGCGAGAACAAGACCUUCCUUACUGUCGUCACCAGCGCCUUUCCCGGCCUCAAGGAGCAAGAGAUGGUGGCGGACGAGCUGCGCGCGGCGGGCUUCUUCGACGUGUUCUCGGUGCCGGGCGGCGCGCCGCAGCAGCCCUGGCGCUGCUUCCUGUGCGCACACCCCGAGCGCGCACAGGGCUUCGUGGCCGGCGCCGCGCCCGUCAUCGAGGGCCAGCUGCAGGAGAAGAAGGGCCGCUGGCGCCUCUUCCGGCGCUGGCGCACCAGAUACUUCACGCUCUCCGCCGCGCACCUGUCCUGCAAGGGCUCGAGCGGCGGCGAGAGCAUAGACAUCAACCAGAUCCGCUCGGUGAAGGUGUCCCGCGGCGCGCGCAACAUCCCCAAGGCGUUCGAAAUCUUCACGGGCGACCAGACGCUCAUCCUCAAGCCCAAGCACGGCAAGGACGCCGAGCAGUGGGUGCAAUGCCUUAGCAUCGCCGUCGCCCACUCGCAAGCGCGUGAUGCGCCCGCCAAGGCCAAUAGUCUGCCCGCCCGCGGACUCACGCUCAAGAGCUUCUAGUAAGUUCUACUAGGCCUGUUCAUCUAGCGAGUUUGCAUCGAAAACAAAACACGCGCGACACACCUGAGAUAUCUAAUCGACAGGACAAUCACGAGCUAGCAUCGUGUACUCGUAGGCUAAGCACGGCAAGGACGCCGAGCAGUGGGUGCAGUGCCUUAGCAUCGCCGUCGCCCACUCUCAAGCGCGCGACGCGCCCGCCAAGGCCAACAGCCUGCCCGCCCGCGGACUCACGCUCAAGAGCUUCUAGUAAGUUCUACCAAGCCUGUUCAACUCCGCGAGUUUGCAUCGAAAACAAAACACGCGCGACACACCUAAUCACGAGCUAGCAUCGUGUACUCGUAGGCUAAGCUUCUUAGCAUCGCCGUCGCGCACUCGCAAGCGCGCGACGCGCCCGCCAAGGCCAACAGUCUGCCCGCCCGUGGACUUACGCUCAAGAGCUUCUAGUAAGUUCUACAUUCUGCCCGUAAACUGCAUUAUGCUUCAGUGUAUCAAACUUGAUAUCGUCGUGAACUCGUAGGUUAGGAACGUCGGCUAAGGCCAACAGCCUGCCCGCCUGCCCGUCUCACGCUCAAGAGCUUCUAGUAAGUUCUAUACAUACUUUAUAUUAGAGCUGGCAUCGUGUACUCGUAGGCUAAGGACGACGGCUAUGGCCAACAGUCUGCCAGCGCGUGGCCUCACGCUCAAGAGCUUCUAGUAAGUUCUACCAAGCCUGUUCAACUCCGCGAGUUUGCAUCGAAAACAAAACACGCGCGACACACCUGAGAUAUCUAAUCGACAGGACAAUCACGAGCUAGCAUCGUGUACUCGUAGGCUAAGCACGGCAAGGACGCCGAGCAGUGGGUGCAGUGCCUUAGCAUCGCCGUCGCCCACUCGCAAGCGCGCGACGCGCCCGCCAAGGCCAAUAGUCUGCCCGCCCGUGGACUUACGCUCAAGAGCUUCUAGUAAGUUCCACAUUCUGUCCGCAAACUGCAUUAUGCUUCAGUACAUCAAACUUGUUAUCGUCGCACACUCGCAGGCGCGCGACGUGCCCGCCAAGGCCAACAGUCUGCCCGCCCGCGGACUCACGCUCAAGAGCUUCUAGUAAGUUCCACAUUCUGUCCGCAAACUGCAUUAUGCUUCAGUGUAUCAAACUUGAUAUCGUCGUGAACUCGUAGGUUAGGAACGUCGGCUAAGGCCAACAGCCUGCACGC